AUGGGGCUCCCCCCUGACGCCGAUAUCUACCCAACUGCAACCGGCCUGGCCAAGAAGGUUGUAGACAGGCAUUCUCGCGAACAGCCACUUAAGCUAUACGCAGCCUGGUUUUGCCCAACACCAGAUCGUUCUUCAUACGUGCAACGAGUAUGGGUUGUCCUUGAGGAGAAAAAUAUCCCGUAUCAAUAUAUUGAAGUGAAUCCUUAUAAGAAACCGGCCUCGCUUCUUUCACUGAACCCACGAGGCUUGGUACCGACACUUGUCUGUCCAACGCUCCGGCCGGAUGGGUCAACGGCUGCUAAGCCCUUGUAUGAAUCUCCUGUGAUCAAUGAGUUUCUUGAAGAUGCAUUUACCGACCCAGAGCGACCAUUGCAUCCGGCAGACCCGUUUCAAAAGGCAAGAGGGCGCAUUUGGAUUGAUUAUGUGACCUCGCGAAUCACCCCGUCUUUUUAUCGUUUCUUACAAUACCAAGGUGAUGAUGAGGGGUUGAAUAAAGCAAGGGAGGAAUUUAUAGGCCACUUGAAAGAGUUCACGCUUGCAAUGGAUGAGAUUGGUCCGUUCUUCCAUGGAAAGGAAUUCAUGCUACCGGAUAUAAUGCUUGCACCACUAGCAAUUAGGCUAUGGGUCCUUAACCAUUUUAAGAAAGGCGGCCUGGGGGUGCCGGCUCCUGGAGAAGGAGGGGAGGAUGAAAUUAUUUGGAAUAGGUGGAGAUUGUGGAUGGCAGAAGUUGAGACAAGGAAGAGUGUAGUCUCGACGACAAGUGAUAAAGAACAUUCUAUUCCUAUUUUUAAGCGAUAUGCAGACGAUGUGGCCCAGAGUGAACUAGCAAAGGCAACAAGAGCUGGAAAGGGGUUCGUACCUUAA